AUGACCAAUAGAUUGAAUAUUGUGCUUUCGCGUUCCUUUGCCAAUGAAGAGCAAGAAAAUGGAGUUAUUCAUGCAAAUUCCAUUGGCAGAUGCGUGGAAUUGAUCAAGGAAAAAAACUUGCUGAAAGUAUUCAUCAUUGGUGGAAGUGAGAUAUAUCAUGCAUUUUUGAGAGAAAAGGGGUUGGUCGACUAUUUGUUGAUUACAGAGAUUGAACAAGAUGUAAAAAAUGCCGAGGGCAAGGACAAGGAGGGGGAAACUAAAGAAGAAGAAGAAGAAGUGAAGGAAGUGGAGAUGGAUACGUUCUUAAAGUUUGACACUAAUGAGUGGGUCAUGGGAAGUCAAGAAGAAUUAAAGGAGUAUACUGGGGAAACUGAAAUUGAGACUAAUGUCAAGGAAGGUGAUUUCACUUACAAUUACACAAUCUGGAAGAGAAAGUAA